UUCGGGUUUAUAACUACCGUUACAGCAUUAAUCGAAUUUUUUCCUGAAUACACAAUACUUCACAUUAAUUUCAUAGCCGUGGUUCUUAUCUGCCUGCACGCAGUUUUUCGAUUUUAGAAAGAACUGAUAAGCUGUGUCGGUUAUCGUACAUUUAUACGAGUUAGUGGUUGGCGUUUGACGUCGUACAGUGUACGGUAUAUUAAAAUUUUGUUGUGUUUUAAUCUCUCUCAAUGGGGGACCUGUACCAGUUCAAGUGACUUAUCACCUAUGUAAUAGAGUUGCUUCGCUAGAGAUCCAUUUAUUUUCAAUACUGCUUCCAUCAGUCCAGAUACUGCGGUUGUACGAGAAAGUUCCCCCUCUUUACGUUCACUGCACUUUGUUACUCAUCAUCAGCUAGAAGGAAGGUCAACCAGUUGGAGCUAGAGGUUGGGUGUCAAAUAAAAAAGUUUGUGAAACGGUUUAGUGAGUAAGGUCAAGUUGGUGCAAACUUUGAAGUAUUUCAGAAAAAUAGACGACAAGAUGCCAAGUAAAGGCGUCAAUAAGGACCUCCAGAAGGAACGGGAGAAAUGUACAUUCAACAAUGAUGAAUUCACCUUAUGGUGGAUCGGUGGCGAGGCCAAACUCAAAGAGAAACGUUUUCGAGAAAAAUUCUUUUUGAGCGAACCGGAAUUUUUUGACAAGAUACCGUUACACUUUGCGUCCCAUAAGGAAGUUUACGAGGAGUCUGUUCGCAAGGCUACGGUCAUUUUCCGCAAGGUCAAGCAAAUGCAGGCCCAGGGAAAGGAUGGCGUUGAUAACUAUAUGGCUCUUUUGGGAGGCCUGCUCGGCUCUGGAAUUAUAAAGGAGGGAAAUCCUUUGGGGGUUCAUUUCGUGAUGUUUCUUCCUGCGCUGAUGGGUCAUGGAACACCCGAACAGCAGGCAGAAUGGAUUGGACGAGCAUGGAACUGUGAGAUAAUCGGAACGUACGCACAGACAGAGCUGGGUCAUGGAACGUUUAUCCGGGGAUUGGAAACCGUAGCAUCUUACGAUGAGAAAACACAAGAGUUUGUACUUAAUAGUCCCACUUUGAGUUCGUACAAAUGGUGGCCAGGAGGAUUGGGUCAUACAGCGAACUAUUGUGUCGUUAUUGCACAGUUAUACUCCAAAGGACAAUGCCAUGGGAUCCAUCCAUUUAUUGUGCAACUUCGCGACGAAGAGACGCAUAUGCCCUUACCGGGAAUUACUAUCGGAGAGAUUGGUAAUAAAUUGGGUAUGAAUGGAGUCAAUAAUGGCUUUCUGGGAUUUAAAAAUGUUCGUAUACCUCGCACGAACAUGUUGAUGAAGAAUGCGAAACUACUCGAAGACGGUACCUUCGUGAAGCCACCAUCAUCAGUUCUCACGUAUGGAACUAUGAUGUUUGUACGGGUUGUUAUUGUUCGUGAUAUGGCUAACUACCUUUCCAAGGCAGUGACAAUUGCCACCCGUUAUUCCUGUGUACGAAGGCAAAGUGUUAUCAAUCCCGACCAACCCGAAGUGCAAGUCAUCGAUCAUCUAACCCAGCAAUACAAGCUGUUCCCGGCGAUUGCCAAAAGCAUAGUGUUUAAGCUCACCUCGGACAACUUGUGGGAAAUGUAUAACCAGGUGACGUCCGAGUUAGAUAAGGGAGAUUUGGAGCGUCUACCGGAAUUGCACGCUAUCGCAUGCUGUCUGAAGGCAGUUUCGACAGCUGAUGCUGCACAGGCAAUAGAAACUUGCCGCCUAGCAUGUGGCGGACAUGGAUAUAUGACUUGUUCCAAUCUAUUCGGAACCUAUGGAAUGGUAACGGCCGCGUGCACUUAUGAAGGAGAAAAUACGGUAUUGCUACUUCAAACGGCACGAUACCUUCUAAAAGCAUGGUCACAGGCACAGUCCGGGCAACCACUCGUUCCAACCGUCCAGUAUCUGAAGAGCUUCAUCAGCAAUAAAAAUCAACGUCAAACAUGGAACGAUUCUGUCCCUGGAAUAAUAAAGGGGCUUCAAACUGUUGCAGCUGGCAAACUGCGCUUGGCCAAUGAACACAUUGAGCAACGGAAACGAGCAGGUCACACGCAUGAGGAAGCUGUUAAUCUUACAUCGAUUGAACUGGCUCGUACUGCAGAUGCUCAUUGCCGCGCUUUUCUGGUGCAGUCAAGCUAUGAAAUGAUUGAAAAGUUUGCAGCCAACAUGUCCCCUGAGCUGGUUCGAGUCCUGCGUGACAUUUACGAACUAUAUGCGUACGAUGAAGCUAUCAAGAUGGUUGGCGACUUGUUGCGGUUUACUACAAUUACCGAGAGUGACAUCACUCGUCUUCAGCAAAAAUUAGAAGACUCAUUGGUGGCGAUUCGACCGAAUGCUGUUGGUAUUGUCGAUUCAUUCGAUAUUCCCGACAUGGUUCUAGGAUCUGCUUUGGGAGCAUUCGAUGGAAAUGUCUACGAAAGAUUGUUUGAGGAAGCCAAAAAGAGUCCUCUCAAUCAGGAACCGGUGAACAAAUCAUUCCAUUUAUAUUUGAAGCCAUUCAUGAAAUCAAACUUAUAAAUGUCGAAUAUUUCUUUGAAAUAUUUAGAGUUCAAUAUUUCUUAGUAUAAGCAUGGUGAUCGGAAUGCAAUAUUAUCGUGAAUGUAUUGUUAUAAAAUGGUUAUGCUUGUACAAGUUAUUUUGUAUACAACAGGUGAUAUCUUUUAUAAUAAAAUGAUUAUUAUUUUUAUAUCUA